AUGGGACGUGCUUUCUCUAAACUUAAUAAAAGAAACAAGCCUAUGGAUAUUCAAAAUACACAAACUGAAUUUCGAUACAUUAAUGGUAGAAGAUUUCAUAACGUGGAAAAUGCUAUGUAUCAUUUACCAAAUGAUGAAAAUGAAACAGAUAGAUUACAUUCACAGCAUUUCAUAUUAAGAUAUCUCUGGCAAAAUAACUUUUCUGCUCCUGUUGAUCAUAUAUUGUCUAAACCAGGUGCCAAAGUCCUCGAUAUUGGGUGUGGCGCAGGUUCAUGGGCUUUCGAUAUUGCAACCACAUAUCCGUUGGCUAAGGUUGUUGGAUUAGAUAUAUCUCCACACCAACCAACUAUGAUAAAACCUAAAAAUUUUGAAUUCGUUAUAGGAGAUGUUCACGAAAAAUUGCCAUUUGAUGACAAUACUUUUGAUUUUGUAUUUCAACGAUUUUUAGUAUUUGGCCUUAACAAAGAGAAGUUUCCACAAGUAAUGAAUGAGUUGGUCAGAGUUUUAAAACCAGGUGGAUUUUUAGAGCUAUGUGAACCUUCUAAUUUUAGUAACUCAGGACCAGUUACUAAACGUUUAUGGGAUUGUGAAGCCGAAAUAUUAGAAGAACAAGGUAGUACUUUUGAUUUAUAUAAAAAGUUAGAAGAAUAUUGUCGGAAUCAAGGUCAAUUGGAAAAUAUUAAAAAGGAAGUUAACCAAUGCUAUUAUGGUACAGUUUAUAAUAGUGUUGAACUUAGUAAAGCGAUUCUUAAUAAUACAAUUACCGCCUAUUCUGGUCUUAGACCUUUUUUAACUAAAAAAUUGCAAAUUUCUGAUGAAGAAUACGAUGAAUUGACUGAAACUUCCAAAAAAGAAUUAGUGGAGUAUAAUACUUACUUUGAUAUAUUUCGUGUUUAUGCAAGUAAAGUUAUUACUGAAAAUAAUGAAUCGGAAAUACAAUGUUGA